AGAGUCAAUGAGAUGAUUUUAGGGGGAUUUGUUAAAAUUACUGUGCCGAUUUGAAGCAUUCCGCUUUCGAAAUAGCCAUAUUAUUUUCUUUAAAUCACAUUUCGCCUAAGCGCUGUUACUGCUUUUUGUCCGUGCAUUGCAAAAUCUUUUUAAAGCAUUGAAAAAGUGACACUAUUGAUAACAUUUUUCAUCAUCCGAGAUCUCAGUUGUGUUUGAAACAAGCAGGAACUAGAGGAGGAACCUCUGCAGGGAGCAUGAGAUAAGUAACCAGUUUGAUCAUCGCCUACUAAAAAUAAUAAAAAUAAAUCUAACUUAAUUAGAUCAAUCCAACUGCUCUGUUGAUUGGCAAUUAGCGCUGUGAUCCGAGAAGUAGAUCUACGAGCCAAAACACUGCGUGCAAACUGGCAGCAAAAUUCGUAUUAUAAGGGUCUGUUUUGCAACAGAUAACUGGCGAACGGGGUUGCAUCAACCAGAUUUGCAAUCUCAGUCUGUUCUUCAGUGCCUUUUGGACGGUUCAACACUAAGUGCACAUAUAAGUUAGCAUGCACAUGCAAAAAAGUCACGUAUGUGAACAUAGGUCUUCAUGUUGUGGACUUUUUUUUCAUCUGAGUUGAUGGAUCUCAGCUCAAACCAGUUAUACUACCUUUUACAUCACUGUCAAGCUAGUUGAGUUGUGUUGCAGCAUUGCCAACACUUGCAUUCAUACUACUGCUUGUUGCCUUUUUGCCGUGGAAAAUUAAAGAAGUCGGUGAUAAGACAGCAAUAAGACAGGACUAGUAAAUCUCUACAGGAUAUCGAAACUGUUCCAUGAAACAACAAUCUGAAGUUUUCCUCUUUGGAAACUGGUGAUUUUUGUGCCAAAACGCAUCAUCUCCCCCAGCAGACUUUAAGAUCUGGGACAAAAACAGAGGAUUUUGAUCAGUAUACUAUGGAAGACCGAGUUGAUUGGACCUCGGAAGACGGAUCUUGGGACAGUUUUUAUGUCAUAAGGUUGUCAGUCGCCCGACGACUCCACCUUCCCACCGCCUCUUGUUGAAAUCUCCGAAGAAACAAAAUCCCCGACAGGGAAGGGGGGACUGAUAUCUACCAGAGAGGUACUACAAACUCAGGAGGACUGAGAAAGUGCUUAACAUCGCCGUCCUCUCCCCCUACCGUCCCCCAAGCGGUGGGGGAACGAUCUGAAACAUUUCUUAAAGGGAGUAAGAAGGCGGAAAUAAAGGGAAUACAUCGGCCCUGCGUGGAUAUACAGCUCCUUUUUUUAUUUCGUCAAAAAUAUGGCCGAUAAUGUCCUGGAGUCUGGCCCGCCUUCAGCCAAGAGGCCCAAGCUGGCUUCUCCAGCUCUGUCUGUGUCCACCAGUGAUGGAAAUGACUUUGGUUCAUUCUUUGACCUGGAGCAUGACCUGCCAGAUGAGCUCAUCAGUUCCUCAGACCCAGGGCUGACGAAUGGAGGAGAUCCUAGCCAGUUCCAUACCAGUUUCGGAGGAGGUGUUCAGGAUGCGGCAACGAAACACAAACAACUUUCUGAACUGUUGCGCGCUGGAGCGCCACAGCAGCCAGGGGGCCCUGCUUCCAACAGUGCACCCUCCGGGGCUUCCAUGACAAUGAUGGGGGCAGUCGGUGGACCUCAAGGCAUGCACCAUCAGGGCCAACAGCAGCAGCAACCUGGGCUAAUGCAGCAGGUUGGAAUAGCGCAAAAUAGGGCAACAGCAAUGAUGGGUGCCCAAAAGGGCACUACUGGACAACAUCAGCACCAAGGGCUUAUGGGGGGACAGGUUGUAAAUGGCUCGCCCAGAAUGGUUUACCCUGGCAACACAGGAAUGGGUAGCAAUAGUAACAUUUUGGCAGAGACCUUGCAGCAGCAGCAGGGUGGUCCGACCCUGGGAGCUGGGGCUCAAGCGGGAAUGAGACCACAUCAGCCUGGUGCCCUGAAACAAAUGAAUUUAUUGGCCAACUCGGGGUCCUAUGGUGGUCCAUACAGCCAUUCUGCUGGCCAGGGGCUGCCUGGAGAGGGGCUGGGCACACAACUUCAGAAUAAAACAGGCCUACCCAACAGUAUGGCUGCCCAGUUCAACAUAGACAAGAAGACACCUCCUGGUCAAGGCAUUCCGGGGAUGGCCACUCAGCAGCAGCAGGCCGGUGCAGUUGGCGGCAUGUCAGCAUCGGUGGGUGGGGCCCAGGUUGCACUGAACGCUGUGGGAAUAGGACCAGGAACCACGGCCCCCACCGCCGACCCAGAGAAGCGAAAGCUCAUCCAGCAGCAACUUGUCCUCUUGCUCCACGCGCACAAGUGCCAGCGGAGGGAGCAGGCCAACGGGGAGGUGCGGCAGUGCAACCUGCCCCACUGCCGCACCAUGAAGAACGUGCUAAACCACAUGACUCAUUGCCAGGCUGGCAAGUCCUGCCAGGUUGCACACUGUGCCUCAUCCAGACAGAUCAUCUCGCAUUGGAAAAAUUGUACGAGACAUGACUGUCCUGUAUGCCUGCCACUGAAAAACGCUGGAGACAAGAAGAACCAGCAGUCUCUGGUCAACAGUGCAGCUGUAAGUUUAGUGAACUCUUUAGGUGGAGCGGGGGCAGGCGGACAGUCAAGCACCCCGAGCCUGAACCCUCCCAACCAGAUUGACCCAAGUUCCAUAGAGAGAGCCUACGCUGCAUUAGGUCUUACAUACCAGGGCAACCAGAUGCAGCAGCAGCAGCCGCCACAGGCCGCCAUGCCAAACCAAGGCCUUCAGGGGCAGCCUAGGAUGAGGGCUUUGAACCUAAUGGGUGGUAACUCUAUAGGAGUCAAUGGUGCUGUUGGGGUGCAGCCUCCGAACCAGCAGUCUGUGCUGCUGCCAGAUGCUGUGUUGCACAACAUGAAUGCACAAAGUUUGAUGAAUGAUGUUGUGGGGAACCUGGGCUCCAUGCCCACGGCUACGCCACCUUCUGCUGCAGGGAUGAGGAAGUCUUGGCAUGAAGACAUCACGCAAGACCUCCGCAACCACCUUGUCCACAAGCUAGUGCAAGCCAUCUUCCCCACCCCUGACCCCGCCGCGCUUAAGGACAGGCGGAUGGAGAAUUUGGUGGCCUACGCUCGGAAAGUAGAGGGAGACAUGUACGAGUCGGCGAACAGUAGGGCGGAGUACUACCACCUUCUGGCAGAGAAGAUCUACAAAAUCCAGAAGGAGCUGGAAGAAAAGAGGAGAACACGGCUCCAAAAGCAGGGCAUGAUGCCCGGCCAGCCCUGCAUUCCUUCCUCUGGCCUCCCACAGGGUCCUGCUGGCAUUGGCCAGCCCCCAGUGCCCCCUGGGCAACCCCCUAAUGGUCCUCAUGCUGAUCCGUCCAUGAUCAGACCUGCUGGUCCAAAUCAGAUGGUCAACAGGAUGCAGAACCCAGCAGGAAUGACCCAGUUUGCUCAGAUGGGGAUGCAAACAAUGGACCAGAGGUCAACGCCGCCUCUUCAAAUCAAUCCUCAAAUGACCCAGAUGGGUAUGGGAGCCACACGAAUGGGUCAACCCAGUGCCACACAGCUACAGAACCAGUACCUUCCUCCAGGCCAGUUUCCUGGCUCCAGUCCUGGUUUCGGUUCUGAUCCUGUUGGCAUGAACCAGCCAGGAACCCAGGCUGCGGUGCCUUCUCAGAACCAGAUGUCAACGCCUCCAUCCAUCCCCGCCAGCAGCCCUGCAGCACAGUCCACCUCCUCUGUCCCAUGUUCUGGAGGAUCUUUAGGUCCUUCUAACGGCAACGGUCCUGGGCCCCUGCCAAACUUUCAUCCACCCUCCCAGCCUUCCUCCUUCCCUCACUGCCCAUCCAUCCGCACAAACUCCCCGUCACCAGCACGUAGCUUAACGCCUCAGCCACAUCAGACACCGCCUACGCUACCCCGCUCUCAGACCCCUCAGCCUCAGACCCCAAACACACCACAAGUGGCAACCCCGCAGCACCCCCAGCAGCAUCAGCAGCAACAACAACAAACCUCGCAAAUGCAGCAGCCCGCCCCAUCAGGACCGACAGCGAACUCAGAAAAGGUCAAUCAGUUUUCACAGCAAACACUUGGGGGUGUUGCAUCUCCGGAGCCCCCAGCAGCUCAGACUUCUUUGGUCCCAACGCAGAAUGAUCAUGCACUGCAGCUGCCACACACCCCACCGUCCCCUAAGCCUUCCCUGAUAGCUGAAGGACAAGCUCCAUCCCCAGCAUCAAUUACAAGUAGCUCUGACCACAAUUCCCAGCUCGCUCCUGCGGAGGGCCAUGCUCAAAGCCAGGACAACAUCAAAACAAAGAUAGAAAAGGAAGAGGAGGAAGAGGAAGAUGGUGUAGGUGGUGAACCUGAGGAAAACGGCAAGGGGAAGAUGUGCAAGGCUCAAUCUCAGAUGAAGAAUGAAGAUAAGAUUGAGGGUGACAAGGCAUCAGUAGAUGCAUGUAAACCUGAGCCCAUGGACACAUCAUCUUCUACUGGGUCUUCGUCAGCAACAUCAAACGAAGACAAGAAGCCAGAGGUGAAGAAGGAGCCCAAAGAGGAAGAGGAGGGAUCAGGGUCAUCAGCCACCAACAGCUCCUCAGCCAGCAGCCAGAGCAAGAAGAAAAUCUUUAAGCCGGAGGAGCUGCGUCAGGCUUUGAUGCCGACCUUGGAGGCAUUAUACCGUCAGGACCCUGAGUCCCUUCCCUUCCGCCAGCCGGUGGACCCCCCGUUACUGGGAAUACCCGACUACUUCGAUAUCGUCAAAAACCCCAUGGACCUCUCAACCAUCAAGCGCAAGUUGGACACGGGACAGUACGAGGAGCCAUGGCAGUACAUUGAGGACAUCUGGCUGAUGUUCAACAACGCCUGGCUGUACAACCGAAAGACAUCGCGGGUCUACAAGUACUGCUCCAAGCUGGCCGAGGUGUUUGAGUCGGAGAUCGAUCCUGUUAUGCAGGGCCUGGGCUACUGCUGUGGGAGGAAGUACGAGUUUUCUCCCCAAACUCUUUGCUGCUACGGAAAACAGUUAUGCACCAUCCAACGUGAUGCUUCUUAUUUUAGUUACCAGAACAGUUCACCAAAAUAUGGGCUUCUUGCUGACAGGUACCACUUCUGUGAGAAGUGUUUCAACGAAAUCCAAGGUGACAGUGUUUCCCUGGGGGACGACCCCUCCCAGCCUCAGACGUCCAUCAACAAAGAGCAGUUCCAGAAGAAGAAGAAUGACACGCUCGACCCUGAGCUACUCGUGGAAUGUAUCGACUGUGGUCGUAAAAUGCACCAGAUCUGCGUUCUGCAUAAUGAAACCAUAUGGCCAUCAGGCUUUGUAUGUGACAACUGCCUGAAAAAGGCCAAUAAGACGCGAAAAGAGAACAAAUAUGCAGCCAAAAGACUUCCUCAGACAAAGCUGGGGAACUAUUUGGAGACGCGGGUGAACGACUACCUCAAACGGCAGAGCCACCCUGAGUCAGGAGAAGUCACCGUGCGUGUGGUCCACGUCUCAGACAAGGUGGUCGAUGUCAAGCCGGGCAUGAAGUCCAGGUUUGUGGACAACGGAGAGAUGGCCAAGUCUUUCCCGUACAGGAUGAAAGCCCUUUUCGCGUUCGAGGACAUCGACGGAGCUGAUGUUUGUUUCUUUGGCAUGCAUGUUCAAGAGUACGGCUCCGACUGCCCACAACCAAAUCAAAGACGGGUAUACAUUUCUUACUUGGACAGUGUGCACUUUUUUAAACCUCGACACCUGAGGACCGUCGUCUACCAUGAGAUCCUGUUAGGCUACCUGGAGUACGUCAAAAGAUUGGGGUAUACAACGGGACACAUUUGGGCUUGUCCUCCCAGUGAGGGGGACGACUACAUCUUCCACUGUCACCCACUGGACCAGAAGAUCCCAAAGCCAAAACGCCUGCAGGAGUGGUACAAGAAGAUGCUGGAUAAGGCUGUUGCUGAGCGAAUCAUCCACGAUUACAAGGAUAUCUUCAAGCAGGCAACAGAAGACCGCCUGACUAGUGCCAAGGAGCUGCCGUACUUUGAGGGCGACUUCUGGCCCAACGUACUCGAGGAGAGCAUCAAGGAACUGGAGCAGGAAGAAGAGGAGAGGAAGAGGGAGGAGAACAGCACCUCCAAUGAGAGCACAGAUGCCACAAAAGGAGACAGCAAGAGCGCCAAAAAGAAGAACAAUAAAAAGGCGAACAAGAACAAGAGCAGCUUGAGCCGAGCCAACAAGAAGAAACCCGGGAUGCCCAGUGUUUCCAAUGACCUUUCCCAGAAACUCUACGCCACCAUGGAGAAACACAAAGAGGUUUUCUUUGUCAUCCGCCUAAUUGCUGGCCCCACCGCCAACUCGUUGCCCUCCAUCACGGACCCCGACCCCCUAAUGGCCUGUGACCUGAUGGACGGCCGUGACGCCUUCCUGACCUUGGCCCGUGACAAGCACUUGGAGUUCAGUUCUCUGAGGAGGUCCAAGUGGAGCUCCAUGUGUAUGUUGGUGGAGCUUCACAAUCAGAGCCAGGACCGCUUUGUGUACACUUGUAAUGAGUGUAAACAUCAUGUUGAAACGCGGUUCCACUGCACCGUUUGUGAGGAUUAUGACUUGUGCAUCACCUGCUACAACACUAAAGGCCAUGAGCAUAAGAUGGAUAAACUGGGGCUUGGCCUGGAUGAUGAUAGCAACAACCAGGCUGCAGCAGCAACUCAGAGUCCUGGUGACUCUCGCCGCCUUAGUAUCCAGCGCUGCAUCCAGUCACUGGUCCAUGCAUGCCAAUGCCGCAACGCCAACUGCUCCCUCCCAUCUUGUCAGAAGAUGAAACGAGUUGUUCAGCACACAAAGGGUUGCAAGCGCAAGACCAACGGCGGCUGUCCUAUCUGCAAGCAGCUUAUUGCCUUGUGCUGCUACCAUGCAAAACACUGCCAGGAGAACAAAUGUCCCGUCCCGUUUUGUCUGAACAUCAAGCAGAAGCUCCGGCAGCAACAGCUGCAGCACAGGCUCCAGCAGGCUCAGAUGUUAAGGAGGAGGAUGGCCACCAUGCAGAGGGUCGGUCAGCCUUCAGGGGGGCCACCUGGAGGACCUAUGGUAGGACUUCCAUCACCGGGAAACAAUGGCACCACAGCGCCCAGUACACCGACAUCAGUUGGCACCCAACCUCCCACCCCUUCCACCCCAACUCAGAAUAUGCCUUCAGUCCCAGCACAGGGACCAGGAAACGGAGUGCAACAGCAGCAAGGAGGGAUGCCUUCUCAACAUCCACUUAAUCAGUUUCAGCAGAUGACCAGUGGACCUGGUGGGGCCGGAGGAAUUAUGAAUUCUCCCCAGCACCAGCAACAGAUGCUUCCUCAGAUCCAGCAGCAGCAAAGUGGCCCAGGAUCCAAUCCUCACCCACCUUAUGCCAACAGACUACCAGGCUCCUCCCCUAUCCACCAGUCCCAGGGUAAACCGCUUAUUGGCUCAUCAACGCCUCCUCAGCAACCUGGUGGGGCUUUAAUGCCUGGAAACAUAGGAGGCCAGCAACCUCCCAGUCAGUCCACAGGCCAGCCUUCGCUUCAGCAGCCCCAAUCGGGCCCCCCACCAGCAGCAGUAGAAAUAGCUCUGAAGAUUCAACAGGUAGCUGACGCCCAAAGGAAGAUGGCUUUGCAGAGACAAGUAGCAGCAGCUACAGGCUUGAUGCCGUCUCACCCACACCACCAACCGAGUCAAGCUCAGCAGAUGGCCAUGGGUCACACAGGACCCGUUGGGAUGGUUGGAUCCCAGGGAAUCCCGCCGCAAAACCAAGCAGCUGCAAGAGCCCACAUGGAUCAGCAGCAAGGUGCCCUGCAGGGGAUGAUGGCCGGUGGUGGGCACAUGCAGCAGUCCCCCCAGCAGGGUAACCUGCCCUCACAGGUGCAGCUGCAACAGCAAAGGAUGGGUGCUCCUCUCCAGAACCCUCAGCAGCAGCAAUGGACAGGCCCAGGUAUACCACCACAACAACGGCAGGCUAUGAUGAACCAGAUGAGCCACCAAGCCAUGAUGGCAGCUCAACAGCAGCAACAGCCUUCGCACCAACCAACUCAGGGGCAUGCCGCCAUAAUGAACAUAGUACAGCAGCAGCAAGGAUCUGCUGGUGGAAACAUCCCCCAAGCAGCUCUACAGGAGCUACUACGCACCCUCCGUUCACCUAGCUCACCACUCCAGCAACAGCAAGUACUCAACAUCCUACGAUCCAAUCCACAGCUCAUGUCUGCUUUCAUUAAGCAAAGAUCUUCAAAAUAUAAGGGAGGGCCAGGUGGACCAGAGGUUGUUCCAGGAGGAGGUCCCGGCCCUACAGCAGGUCCUGUUGGAAAUGUCAUUGCAGGAGUGAACCCACAACCGAACAUGAAUGCUCCUGCUGCAGGCCAGCCAGGGAUGCAUAUGGGGGGUCAGGGAGGAACGAAUGUCAACAUGGCUUCCAUGGCUCAACUACAGCAGGUUCAACAGCUGCAGCAGUUGCAGCAGCAACAACAACAGCUGCAGCAGCAGCAGCAGCAACAACAACAGCUGCAGCAGCAGCAGCAGCAACAACAACAGCUGCAGCAGCAGCAGCAACAGCAGUUGCAGCAGCAGCAGCUGCAACAGCAGCAGCAGCAGUUGCAGCAGCAGCAGUUGCAACAGCAGCAGCAGCAGUUGCAGCAGCAGCACCAGCAGUUGCAGCAGCAGCAGCAAUUGCAACAGCAGCAGCAGUUACAGCAGCAGUUGCAGCAGCAACAGAGGCCAAUGCUCAGUGGUUUACAGCAGCAAGGGGUGGGAAGAGGUAUGCAAGCCCAAGGGCCGCAGGUGGGAAGUCUCAACAAUCUUCAGGUUCGAGAGUUGAUUAUGAGACGACAACUGCAGCAACAACAGCAGCAGCAGCAACAGAUGGGAACUAAUCACGGUCAGUUCCAGCAGCCACAACCUCCUCAGGGGCAGGGAUUCAUGGGACAACCAGGGAUGCAGUCCCCUGUGGUGGGGCAGGGUCCUCCUGGAGGCCCCCAAGGUCAGCAGGCGCAGGGCUACCCAGGGUCUGUCCCGCAGCAGGCCACAGCUGCCCUCCAGCAGAGGCUGCAGCACCAACUCCAGAUGCAGCAGCAGCAGAAUACCAUGGCUGCCCUUCAAAGUGGUGAUGGAGGGCCAGGUGGUGGGGGCGGAGGUGUUCCUCAGCAAACACCACAAGGCCCACAGCCUACUCAAGGUGGACCCACCCCUCAGUCUUCCCAGGUCCUAUUCCAACAAACUCUGCAGCAAAGGUUGCUCCAGCAGCAGCAGCAGCAGCAGCAGCAACAACACCUCGGCCCAGGUGGGUCACCAGCCCAACACAGCAAUCCUAUGAGCCCUCAGCAGAUGGCCCAGUCCCCACAUCCCCAUCUGCAGGGCCAGGCUCUGCCAACGUCGCUUGCCAACCAGGUGCGUUCGCCGCAGCCCUCACCCAGACCUCAGUCCCAGCCACCUCACUCCAGCCCAUCUCCACGCAUGCAGCCUCAGCCGUCGCCGCAUCACAUCUCCCCACAGGUGCAGACGGGCUCUCCGCACCCAGGCCAUCUGAACCAGCACCAUCCAGGAAUGGUAGUCCCGCAGCAGCAGCCAACGAGCCAGCAGCAGAACGUUAUGGAGCAGUUUGGUUCUGAGCAGAGCGCAAUGCUUUCUCAACUGAGCGGCAUGGCUGGUCUGCAUGGGCCGGGUGGCAGCGGUCCGGACUCAAUGGGCCAGAAGAUGAACCACAACUCCUUAGACCACAUGUAGGAGCUGAAGAGAGGCUCAGUGAAUUUCUGCACAAACUGCACUCACCAAGGACAGUGUUAUUGUUUAUUCCUUACACUUUUUUUGCUAUUAUUAAAAAGUUAUUUAAAAUGUUUUCAAUAAAGAUGCAUUGAACUGAACUUCCUAUGGGAGAUGAACAAUAAAUGGAGCAGUUGUUAAAUGAAUUAGAAUGAAUGGUAACUUAUUGCUGUUAAUAUAUAUUUUUGCCAACUGAGGACAAAGAGGGCGGGGGGGUUUCCCUAGUAAAAUGUACUUGCCUUUUUUUAAGAUAUGUUUUUACGAUUUUAAAAGGGGGUCAAGGGUUAAAAUUAUUUUAAUGCAAGUAAUUUUUUUGUUUGUUUUGCAUCAUUUAGUCUGUUUUUGCAGUGAUGCAAGUUAUUGGUGUAAAUUUAAACACGAUGCAUAUUUUCUUUUCGCUGUCGUUUGGGCUUGUUUUAUUUAUUCUGUUUGAUCAGGGGGAUGGGGUGUGGCUGUCCUGAGACCACUUUGGUUCCUGUACUCUCUUUCUGUUAGUAGUUUGUUAUUUUGCUUUAGUUGUCUACAGUCGGGACUGUCCAGGUAGAAACGACAUCGGUGUUUUGUUGCCGAGAUGGUGGCUCUGCUCAGUCCGAAAUGUUCGACGGACACGUUUUUUUUGGCGUCCAUCAGUCAGGCUGGAAGAGACUUCUUCCCCUCGCAAACAUGCAAAGCCCUCUCCCUCGAAUGUGUGCCCACUCCUUCCUUUUAGAGACUUCAGAUGGAGCUGCGGAGGCUUGGGGAGGGGGGGGAUGCAUACCUUUGUGCCUGUAACGUUUUUCAUAUGUGGGCUGGGAUGUACAAACACGGGAUGGGUGGAUUUUCUUUUUUUUUUUAGGAUUCUACUGUUGAGUAAACAGAGGAUGGUGAUCCAAAUGAACUGUGUUGUACAGAAAUGAGGCGAAAGAUGCCAAUAUGAGCGGUUUGUCUCUUUCUUCCUCGUCCCCUUUGCUGCUUCCUUUGGACUUUUUAUCCUCCUCUGGGGGAGGUCGAGCUCCCUCCUUAAAAACUGUAUCCUCUUUAUCUUUCUGCUCAGAACUUUGGGAGUUAAUUUAAUAUUUUUUACUGUACAAAGGAAACAAACUGUGGACUCAGAUACUGUUUUUUUUAUAUAAUAAAAUGAAAAUUAGCAAUACA